GGUAGUUUUAAUUUUCUGCAUAUCUCCGAAUAAAGCCUUAGAUCCUAUAAAGACGUACUUGGUGUUGAGUUUAACUCCCAUAAUCAUGCUUGCCAGUUUUAAAAAUACCUUCACCCCGUCCACCAUACCUUCUGCGCUUCUUGUUAUGGGCAAGUUUAGUACCAUGAUCCACGUUCUUCAUAUCCUACCAGAGAACGGUACCAUUGAACGCCUGGGCUUCACAACCCCAUCGUCCACCACCUUCCGCCGCGGCGGAACCACAGAGCAGGGGCGCGAGCAGAUCGGCACAGUCACACUUCACGUUGGAAAUGGCGAGACCACCGACUCCUUGAUGACGUUGAGAUACGAGCCCGUAAGCUGUGUGAUGAUUCCCUGGGCUCGAGUCAGCUGCAAGCAGGCAGUGUUGAAGUGACCCAGCUAGUGCAAGUCGUCCUUCAGCCUGCAGCACUCGAUGCGAUUCACAAAGGGGCAAGACCGCUCUAUGAACGCGACACAGAUGUACCCCGUUUGUAUUAUUUAC